UAUUUCUAAAACUAGGUUUUGCUUCCUUCCUACAGUUUCUCGAUGAAUAACUGGAACCGUGUGGUUCAAGCAACUGAACCUAGAUACAGUGAUUUGCUUCAUCAAGCCUCUGUGUAUGGUGUAGCUACUGGUUAUUGCAUCUCAGCUUCUCUUCUCACAAUCAUCAACAAAUGGGCAAUCAUGAAAUUCCCUUACCCUGGUGCACUCACCGCUCUUCAGUACUUCACAAGCGUGGUCGGUGUCUUACUCUGUGGCCAGUUUAACCUCAUCGAGCACGAUCCUCUCAACCUCGUAACCAUGUGGAGGUUUCUUCCUGCAGCUAUCAUCUUUUACAUGUCACUUUUCACCAACAGUGAGCUUCUACUCCACUCUAACGUCGACACUUUCAUCGUGUUUCGUUCUGCUGUUCCUAUAUUCGUCGCCAUUGGAGAGACCCUUUUCUUGAACCGUCCUUGGCCUUCUUUCAGAACAUGGAUCUCUCUGGCUACCAUCCUUGGAGGAAGCUUGCUCUACGUGCUCACUGAUUACCAGUUUACCAUCACAGCAUAUAGCUGGGCUAUUGCGUAUCUUGUGAGCAUGUCUAUAGAUCUUGUCUACAUCAAGCACGUGGUUACGACCAUAGGGUUAAACACCUGGGGUCUUGUGCUUUACAACAACCUCGAGGCUCUUCUCUUGUUCCCACUUGAGCUGGUUAUAAUGGGAGAGUUGCAGAAACUAAGGCAUGGGAGCACUGAGAAGCCUGAUUGGUACACUUUCCCAGUGGUUUUCCCUGUGGGACUAUCUUGUUUAUUCGGUUUGGCCAUCUCUUUCUUUGGUUUUUCGUGUCGCCGAGGGAUUUCUGCUACAGGGUUUACGGUUCUUGGCAUUGUGAAUAAACUGUUGACGGUUGCGAUCAAUUUGGUUAUAUGGGAUAAGCACUCGAGUUUCAUUGGAACUUUGGGACUCUUGAUCUGUAUGUUUGGUGGAGUCAUGUAUCAGCAGUCCACAAGAAAGAAACUGAAAGGUGUACAUAAAGUUAAGCCGCAAGAACAAGUUGGUGAACUAAAGAAACUGCAAGAGAACGAGGAGGCUCAUAAACUAUGAUCACACACACGAAGCAACCUAUACAUGCUAAUCUUACAUAGUACUUGUGUAUUGUUCUCUCUACAAAAAAAAUAAAAUACUAUUUUAAUU